GAAAUCUGUGGACCCAAUUCUCAUGGUCUUGACAUGGAUUACGUUGUCAUGAAUCACGCUGACAAAAAAGGAUGUAAUCAUCUGGUGCGGAUGAUUGAUCGAGGAAAAAUAGAGGAUCAUUUCAAGUUUCUCAUCAUGCCUCUGCUGGGCGAUAACCUUACAAAAAUACGACAUCAAUUCGUAGACGGCCGUUUAUCGCUGUCAUCUGGACUGCGUCUUGCUUUCCUUGCCUUAUCUCCUAUUCAAGAAUUGCACAAUAUUGGGUUUGUUCAUCGAGACAUCAAGUGCUCUAACUUUUGCCUUGCUCCACAUUCUAGUCGAGGUAAUACACAGCUGAUACUCAUUGAUUAUGGGGUUUGCCGAGCUUACAAGGACAAAGCCGGAAAUUUGAAACCUCCCAGAGAAGAAGUGCGAUUUCGGUAA